UUAUUUCAUCAUGAUAUUGAUAUUUAGAAAGAUAAACCCUAAACAUUCUCCAAUCAACCGCCCGCCGCCUGAAUCUCCUGCAAUUGCAAUUGAAUCAAUUCUCUACUCAAAUGGACGUCUGCCUUAACUUAUCGGACCAAUUCGAACCGCCUAUCAAUGGAAAUCCAUCACUCUUUGGUAAGUAUGAAAUGGGAAGACUCUUAGGACAAGGCACCUUCGCAAAAGUAUACUACGGCAAGAACAUCCUCACCGGCGAAAGCGUCGCCAUUAAAGUCAUCCUAAAGGAUCUUAUCAAGCGACAAUCCGGUCUAAUCGAACAGAUCCAGCGCGAGAUCUCCGUCAUGAAACUCGUCCGUCAUCCUAACAUCGUUGAACUCAAAGAAGUCAUGGCUACUAAGAAGAAGAUCUUCUUCGUCAUGGAAUACGUUCGCGGCGGAGAACUUUUUGCAAAAGUCGCCAAAGGAAAACUCCCUGAAGAUUCCGCUCGAAGGUAUUUUCAGCAGCUGAUCUCCGCUGUGGAUUUCUGCCAUAGUCGAGGCGUAUCACACCGUGAUUUGAAACCUGAAAACCUCUUACUCGAUGACGAUGAGAAUCUGAAGGUAUCGGACUUCGGUUUAUCUGCGUUACCGGAGCAACUCUGGAACGACGGUCUCCUUCAUACUCAGUGUGGAACUCCGGCUUACGUCGCCCCGGAAAUUCUUCGGAAGAAAGGUUAUUGUGGAGCCAAAGCUGAUAUCUGGUCUUGUGGUGUAAUAUUGUAUGUUUUACUUGCUGGUUAUCUUCCAUUUCAACAUGAAAAUAUGAUGAAGAUGUAUCAAAAGGUAUUCAAAGCUGAAUUUGAUUAUCCGCCAUGGUUUUCGUCUCAACAAAAGAAGUUAAUCUCCAAAUUACUUGUUGCUGAUCCGAAUAAGAGAAUCUCAAUAUCAGCAAUCAUGUCGAAUCCGUGGUUUUUGAAAGGAUACAUCCGUCCAAUUGCAAUCUCAAUUGACGAAUCCGAGCAGGAAAUGAUACCGAUCGAGAUGGUUAGGUCAAAAUCAUCGCCUCCAUUCUACAAUGCAUUCGAGUUUAUCUCGUCGAUGUCAUCAGGAUUCGACCUAUCGAAUCUGUUUGAAUCAGAGAAGAAGAAGCCAGGAUCUAUGUUCACUUCGAAAUUAUCUGCUACAACAAUCAUGGAGAAGCUGGAAAACGCAGCUAAGAAGCUGAAUUUCUCGAUGCUUUGGAGAAAGGAUUAUAAACUGAAGAUGCAGGGGGCGACAGAGGGGAGAAAGGGGAAAUUGAGUGUGAUGGUGGAAGUGUUCGAGGUAGCACCGGAGGUGGCGGUGGUGGAGUUCUCGAAGUCAAGUGGAGACACACUUGAGUAUCGAAAAUUCUGCGAGGAAGACUUAAGGCCGGCGCUGAAAGACAUUGUUUGGACAUGGCAAGGCGAAAACAAUGUCGGCCAACCAUCAAACGAUAUAUUCUAACGUUGUGAUUUGCGAUCGGCCGAUGAGUUUCAUGUUUUUUUAAAAAUAGAAAGAAUCUAGAGAUGUAUAUAUUUGGUUUGGUUGUAAAAAUUUUGAAUGUACUAGAUUGGGUGUAUAAAGUUUUGAGUGUUUAGUUAUGUUGCAUUAAUUAUAUGUUAAG